AUGUCUGGCCUCUUGAAGAAGAUUCAGACCCACCUGGUGAAGUCAAAUCCGGAAGGGUAUGAGAAGGUUCUUCAGGCGCUUCUCCCGAACUACGGAUCGCUUUUGUCUAUUGUGACCAAGCGCUUUGGACUGAAUCCCCUCACUUAUCUCCCCUAUGUCACUUUCGCCGUGAUUCUCUCCUGCGUUGCCCAGCGCAUUUCCCGAUAUAUCUGUAAAGCGCUCCUCCACCUCUUCACCACCACGGUGGAAAUCAGGCCCUCCGACUGGGGGUACAACUACUACCUGUUCUGGAUGGCACGCCACAAGUCGCUCAACAAGGCCAGCGCAUUCGUCAUCCAGACCGCCGGGCGCUACGACGACAUCACCUGCAUCCCCGACGAGGACUCGGAAGACCAGGAUAUCUGCGAGCACGACGACUGGCGCAAGACGAUCGCCCUGAUCCGCACGCGCCGCAUGCGCUACAACCCGUGCGCCGGGUCGUAUCGGGCCAUCCCCUACCGCUGGGGCUAUCUGCUGCAUGGGCCCCCCGGCACGGGCAAGUCGAGUCUAUGCUUCGCCAUCGCCGGCCACCUGGGCCUGGACCUGUAUCUGCUGCACCUGUCGCAGAAGGAGCUCACGGACAACCAGCUGGCCCGGCUCUUCCGCAGCCUGCCGUUCCGGUGCAUAGUCCUCGUCGAGGACGUGGACUGCGUGGCGGUCGCGCAGGAACGGGCAGACGACGGCAGCGGCGGUGCCGGUGGCAGGGACGCAUCGACGACGAACGGGGUCACUCUCUCGGGCCUGCUCAACGCCAUCGACGGCGUCAGUGCCGGCGAGGGCCGCAUCCUGAUCGUGACCACCAACCAUGUCGAGAAGCUGGAUGCCGCGCUCCGCCGCCACGGCCGCGUGGACAUGACCAUCGCCUACGGGUAUGCCCAGACCCCCGAGGUCGCGAGCCUCUUCAAGUCGACUUACGCCUCCACGGACACGGACACCCUGAGCUUCGCGCCGCCAGUCACGCCAGAUUCGCCGUCGCUUGACGCCCUGGCGAGCGAGUUCGCGACGCUCGUGCCCUCCGGCGAGUUCAGUGGGGCCGAAAUUCAGGGGUAUCUGCUGGACCACAAGAAGAGCCCGCAGUUCGCCAUCCAGGGGGUCCCAGAGUGGCUGGAGAAAACAGAGGAGAUGCGCAAGGGACGCAGGCCAGUGAAGGAUGAGACGACGACGGGGAAGAAGGAUGCGUAG